UCGACUUGACUGUGUGGGAUCAACGCUCCAUGGCCAAUUCCUCCUGCGUUACCGAGUUCCUCCUGCUGGGUUUCUCCAGCCUUGGGGAAUUGCAGCGUGUCCUCUUUGUGGUCUUUCUCUGCCUCUAUUUGAUCAUCCUGAGUGGAAACCUCACUAUCAUCUCAGUCAUCUGCUUGGAUCACGGCCUCCACACACCCAUGUACUUCUUUCUAGGUGUCCUUUCCACCUCUGAGACCUUCUACACAAUUGUUAUCCUGCCCGAGAUGCUUAUCAAUCUGCUCUCUGUACUCAGGACACUCUCCUUCAUGAGUUGUGUCUUCCAGAUGUACUUCUUCCUUGGCUUUGCUGUCACCAAUUGCCUGCUUCUGGGAGUGAUGGGCUAUGAUCGCUAUGCUGCCAUCUGUCAGCCUUUGCACUACGCCAUUCUCAUGAGCUGGAGGGUAUGUGGGCAACUGGCAGUGACUUGUAUUCUUGGUGGUUUUAUAGUAUCUCUGGUGGGAACAACUUUGGUCUUUAGCCUCCCUUUCUGUGGCUCCAACAAGGUCAACAAUUACUUUUGUGAUAUUUCAGCAGUCAUCCGUCUCGCCUGUGCUGACACCUACAUCAAUGAACUGAUCAUCUUCAUUGGUGGGGUCUUGGUGCUUGUUGUGCCUUUGAUCUUCAUCUGCAUCUCUUAUGGAUUUAUUGUCUCCACUGUCCUGAAGAUCUCAUCAGCUGAAGGCAAGCGGAAAGCAUUCUCCACCUGUGCCUCUCAUCUCAUCGUGGUCAUUGUUCACUACGGCUGUGCGUCCUCUGUCUACCUGCGACCCUCAGCCCAGUAUACAACAGGCACAGACAGGCUGGUGACAGUGACUUACACCGUCAUCACCCCACUGUUGAACCCCAUGGUAUACAGCCUCAGGAACAGAGAUGUACAGCUGGCUGUUCGGAGGAUGAUUAUGAAGACUAGGUUUUCUGUUAAGUCUUUUUAAUGAAAACAUUUCCAACAGUACACACACAUUUGGGCCAAAUGUUUCACUAUUUAAGUCAUAAA